AUGCUGCAGCGGCGCUUGGAGAGCCAAAAGCAGCGACGCCAACGCCGCCUGCUGCUGGAGCGGAGCAGCGGGGGCAACAGGAGCAGCAGGUGUCGGGCUAACUAUUUGCCCGGCCUGCUGAUUGUACUGCUCGUGCUGCUGCAGAACUUUGAGCUGCACAUGUGCCGGCAAUUGAUGGGCGCCGCUGCCAACAGGCGCAAGGACAUGGAUACCGAUGAGCAGCUGCUGCCCGCCGCCGCCGCCGUCGCCUCCUCAAUGGAGAAGCGAGCUAUUGCUGCGACGACCGUUAGCCAGCCGGAAGAGAUAUUCAGUGCGCCCAACGAUGCGGCUGACAUGAGCUAUGAUGAAUACCCGAUGAUUGUGCCCAAGCGGGCGGCCUUAUUGCUGGAUCGCCUAAUGGUUGCGCUGCAUCAUGCGCUGGAGAACGAGCGGGAGGGUCAUCGCAUUGGUGAUUUCUAUGCCAACAAGAAUAUGAUGCAACUGAAGCCCAACGAGUACAAGAAUGCGCUGGAGCCGCUGCAGGCGACGGAGGAAGGUGACUUUCACAUGUAUAGCGAUGAUGAUCCUGGCGUGAUGUUGGAUUAUGAUUUCAAAGAUAUAAAUCAAAUAAAUCGCGCGACUGGCGAAACAUUAAUGGCAAAGAGCUUUCAGAGAAGAGCCGGCGGCAUUGGCCCUGCAGCAUCAUCAGCAACAGCAGCAGCAUCAUCAGCACAUGCAACAAACGGCGGCAAAGCUUCAGCGGCAGCAGCAGCUGGACCUGGCCCGGGUCCCGGCGCCAGGCGCAUCCAUCAUCACGUUGCCAAUGGAGGUGGCCGCAUGUAUUGGCGCUGCUAUUUCAAUGCCGUCAGCUGUUUUUAA